GUGGGAAGGAAGGAGGAACAUGUCGGCCGUGCAGCUGCUGCGGGUGUCGGUACAUGAGCGGAUCAGCGCUGCCGCUGAAGACUUCCUGCUGCAGAUGGAGAAAGGAGGAGGAACGGCUCAAGUCCUGGAGCUGAGAGCGAUGCUCACCGAGCGGCUCGCGACGGCGGUGGAGCAGAUCCUCGUGGGGCUUGAGGAAACCGUGGCUUGGUACGAGGACCGAGUGGAGCGGUACGAGCGGGAGAGGAGGGUGAUCGAUGCCGCGAUGCAGCCCGUAGUCCGGCUGCACAGAGCAGUGUGUCCUGCAGACGUCCAGCAACUGAUGGUGAAUAAAGAAGAGGUCCUUGAGCAGCCGCAGAGGAACCCUCCUGUGGACCGGGAGGACCCAGAGCCCCCCCACAUUAAAGAGGAACAGAAGGAACCGUGGACCAAUCAGGAUGGACAGCAGCUUCAAGGACUGGAGGAAGCUGAUAUCAAGUUCACAUUGACUCCUGUCACUGUGAAAUGUGAAGAAGAUGAAGAGAAACUUAAAAUUUCAACGCCUCAUCCGAGUGAGAGGAAGGAGAACAAAGCGGACUGUGGAGGACCAGAACCAGCCAGGAACUCAGGUCCUGAUGGACGGUUACAACAAGGUCCUGAGGAUAAGAAGGAAGACUCUUCUAAGACUGAAGAGGGUGAGGAUGAUUGGCUGGAGACCAGGGAACCUCAGACUGUUUUAAAUACAAGAAACAACAAACAGCCUCUAAGUGAUAUGGGAUGUAAGACAGAAAAAAAAAGGUUUAGUUGCUCUGAGUGUGGUAACAGAUUUAACCAAAGUGGUGAUCUAAAUAGACACAUGAGGAUUCAUACAGGAGAGAAACCGUUUAGUUGCUCUGAGUGUGGUAAAAGAUUCAACCAAAGGAGCAGUCUAAAUACACAUAUGAGGAUUCAUACAGGAGAGAAACCGUUUUGUUGCUUUGAUUGUGGUGAAAGAUUCAACCAAACGAGCCAUCUAAAUAGACAUAUGAGGAUUCAUACAGGAGAGAUACCGUUUAGUUGCUCUGAGUGUGGUGAAAUAUUUAACCAAAGGAGCAAUCUAAAUAGACAUAUGAUGAUUCAUUCAGGAGUGAAACCAUUCAGUUGCUUUGAGUGUGGUAAAAGAUUUAACGAAAGGGGCAGUCUAAAUAGACAUAUGAAGAUUCACACAAGAGAGAAACCAUUCAGUUGCUCUGAGUGUGGUAAACGAUUUAACGAAAGGGGCCAUCUAAAUAGACAUAUGAGUAUUCAUACAGGAGAAAAAUAGUUUAGUUGAUCUGAGUGUGGUUAAAGAUUUAAGAUUCAGUCCUAUUGUACGAGACAUGUGAGGAUUCAUAAAGGAGAGAAUUGAUUCAGUUGCAACCUUUGCAACAAAUAUUUAUUCGUAUUUAUCAACAGAUAUUCAUAGUUCACUGUUUUAAAUAGACUAUUUACAGUUUUUAUGUCCAUAUAAAAUAUAACGUAUUGAAUAGCAUAAAAGAUUUGUGUUUAUAUCUUAUUUCUACAUAAUCUAUUUUUCAUAACGUCCUUCAUGUAAUUUUAAGGUUAAAGUGUUUUCCUUGCACAGUAUGCCCAUAUUCACAAAUACAACUCAUCUCAAAGGGCUUUAACAGGGUGUGACAUCCUCUGUCCUAAACCCUCAGCAAGAUUAAGGAAAAACUACUAAAAACCCUUUUAACAGGGUAAAAAUACAUAGAAACCUCAGUGAGAGCCACAUGUGAUGGAUCCCUCUCCCAGGACGGACAGAAGUGCAAUAGAUGCCACGUGCAGGAAAACAUCAUCAAGAUUAAAGUCUUCAAGAUUAAAGCAUUUGAUCUUGAAGACCUUGCCCAAUGCCAACGCGACACAGGGUCCGCCACCAGCACCACGAUCAGCCCACAUAACUCAGAAUCCGCCACACUGGAUCCAACACUGCGACCCCCGGUGCGCGAUCCAUAAACCGCAAUCCAUAGUGCGGCCACAGAGGCCCUGGAUCUGCGGGUGAUAAAGCAAAGGGAUUCCGGGGAAGGGGGAUAGGGAUGGAGAAGAGGAAGGAGAAGCUGGAAAGAGAAGCUCUGUGUGUCAUGUGCCAUAAAAUAGAACAAGUAACAUUCUGCUGCACUAAUUAGCUCUAACUAUAAGCUUUAUCAAAAAGGAAGGUUUUGAGCCUACUCUUAAACAAAAAGAUGGUGUCUGCCUCCCGAACUGAAAGUGGUAGUUUAUUCCACAGCAGAGGAGCUUGAUUGCUAAAAGUUCUGGCUCCUACUCUACUUUUAGAGACUUUAGGGACGACAAGUAGGCUGGAAUUCUGGGAGCGGAGUGCUCUAGCGGGUUUAUGAGGUACUAACAGCUCUUUAAGGUAAAAAGGCGCUAUAAUAUUAAGGGCCUUGAAGGUGAGGAGAAGAAUUUUAAAUUCUAUUCUAGAUUUAACUGGAAGCCAGUGUAGCGAUGCUAAUACUGGAGAAAUGUGCUCUGUUUUCUUUGUUCUCGUCAGGACACGUGCUGCGGCAUUUUGGACAAGCUGUAGAGUCUUUAACGACUUCCUGCUGGAGCCUGAUAAUAAUGAAUUACAAAAGUCCAGUCUCGAUGUAACAAAGGCAUGGACUAGUUUUUCUGCAUCUUUUUGUGAAAGGACAUGUCUAAUUUUUGAAAUAUUAAGUAAGUGGAAAAAAGCGAUCAGAGAAAUUUGUUUUAAGUGACUAUUAAAGGAUAAAUCAGGAUUGAAGAUUACUCCCAAGUUCCUGUAAGUGUGUUCUUAACUAGUUCAUAUGAUUUUAAAUAUGUUUGUUUUAAAACAAUGGUUUCUUUGUUUGUGAGAUUCAAUGACGGUGUUUGUUUUCCCUCUAUGUAUUGAAUGUGUUUCUAAGAAUAAAAGUCUAAUAAAAAGAUAAAUGCGUCGUCGCCCACCUCC